GAAUUAUUCGCGACAUCCACACAAUAAAGUACAAACCUUCAAACCGAAAUGAAAAUGUUCAUUAAAUUGUUAGCCUUUUCUGCUUUGCUCUCAACGUGUUUAGCCGUAACUCUACCAAAGUCGAUGCUCAUACGAUUAUGUGAAACUGCAAAAUCAGCUCGUGAUUUGGGUUCAACUAAAAGUGAAGUUAUCCAGGCAAUGGUGAGUGAUUUAAAAAGUUACAUUGGUCAGUCUGGAUUGUCUUCUCACCACAAAGAAAAACAAGUGGUCGAUAUCAAUGAAAAUAAUUAUGGAGUAAACCAGAUUGUAAGUGUACUCAAUUAUGAUCCAGAAUAUAUGGGUGAGUGGACGAUGGGCUUUCUUAAUGUGGUCUCUCAAUUAGUAGCGUUCAGACCGAUCGCAAGUAACUCAUCUUCAUUGACAUUAACUAUCCAAGAUUCAUUAUUUAAACCCAAUCUUACAAAUGUUUUGCCUGAAAAAUUUUAUAACAUUUUCAAAUGGCCCCAAUCGGUAGUUUCAGUUGAUAAAAAUUAUGUCUCUGAUUUGGUUUCGUCUGCAGCUUCAAAAGUCGUUUCAUCAUUGAAUUCUGAUUAUUGUAAAAUCAUUGAUUUACCAGAAUCAGUUGAUACUGACAAUCAAGUUGAUGUGCAAAAAGCUGUGCUCAGAAUUAUAUCAAGUCUGCUAAAACAAUAUGAAAAAGCAACUCAAUCAAUUGAAAACUAUCUAAGUGCUGUUGAUAAACAAAUUACUGGAUCAAUUUAG